AACUCUGCCCUCUGUAAAGGGCACUCGCGAGUAAUCGCAGUGCAGAACGGGGAUUGCCAGGUUGUUGUGGUCGCUGACCUGUCGUAACGAAUUGAAUUGUAGAUUGAAUAUAAAGAAGUGGUAUGAAAUAGUUGAGUCUGGAACUGUCGGUGACGCUAUUCCCCUUCCUCGCCAGUGAAAGCGCCCGAGCAAACUGUACCCGGCACUCAAGGUGAAGGCGGAGAACAAAAAAAAAAAUCCUCUCGUUAAACUGCAAAAUGGAUGCACAUCUUGCUCACAGUAUCAACAGUCCGACCAGCCCCUGUAAUGACAUGUUGAAAAAUAUAAGUAAUUUGGAGGCCAUACAACUGUGUGACAGAGAAGGAAACAAAUCACAGGACAGUGGCAUUGCAGAGAUGGAAGAGCUCGCUGUUCCUCAUAACAUAAAAAUAAGCAACAUCACAUGUGAUUCUUUCAAAAUCUCAUGGAGCAUGGAUUCAAAAUGUAAAGAUCGUAUUACACAUUACUUUAUUGACCUGAACAAGAAAGAAACCAAGAAUUCCAAUAAAUUCAAACACAAGGAUGUUCCUACUAAAUUGGUGGCAAAAGCAGUUCCUCUGCCAAUGACAGUACGUGGUCACUGGUUCUUGAGUCCCAGAACAGAGUAUACUGUAGCUGUUCAGACUGCUUCAAAGCAAGGUGAUGGCGAUUACACUGUGUCUGACUGGAGUGAAGUUGUGGAAUUCUGUACUGCAGACUAUUCCAAGGUUCAUCUAACACAGUUAAUGGAAAAAGCCGAAGCAAUUUCAGGACGGAUGCUGAAGUUUUCAGUUUUCUAUCGUAACCAACACAAAGAAUACUUUGACUAUAUUCGGGAGAAACAAGGGGAAACAAUGCAACCUUCUGCAAAAGACAACAGUGGUAGUCAUGGUUCUCCCAUCAGUGGGAAACUGGAAGGCAUUUUCUUCAGCUGCAACACUGAGUUCAACACUGGAAAACCUCCACAUGAUUCACCUUAUGGCAGGUAUCGCUAUCAGAUCCCAGCUAGCAAACUCUUCAACGAAGACACAAACCUCUACUUUGGCGAUUUUUAUUGUAUGUAUACAGCUUACCACUAUAUCAUCCUGGUUAUUGCACCUGUGGGAUCAGCAGGAGAUGAAUUCUGCAAGCAACGACUUCCUCAGCUAAAUAUCGCAGACAACAAAUUCCUGACAUGCACUGAGGAGGAUGGUAGGCUGGUUUAUCAUCAUGUUCAGGAUGCCAUUUUAGAAAUAAUCUACACUGACCCUGUGGAUCUCUCUCUCGGUACCGUGGCUGAGAUUAGUGGCCAUCAGUUGAUGAGUCUAUCCACAGCUAAUGCUAAAAAAGAUCCUAGCUGCAAGACCUGUAAUAUUAGUGUUGGCCGUUAACAGUUAACACACUCUUGACAUUAUUAUAGUUUUCAUUGUGUAUUUCAUUCUUCCCCUUGAAGCAUAUUAUGCAGCUUUUCAUCAAAAACUUACAGGUAGUUGUUUUAUUUACUGAAAUAUGUAAAUGUAUGUUUCUUGUGAGAUAUUUGGUAAAAGUUGUUGCAAAGUUCUAAAAAAAGCUAAUAAACACAAAUUUCUGCUUUUGAAAGUUAUGACAAUGCUUUGCUAUAAUAGAAGAUAAUUAAUGUUAUGUGCUCUCUUGCAAAGCAAAGAUAUUAGAUAAGUAGUGUUCUAAAAGAGAUAUUUAACAAGAAUAAACUACCACCAAAUGGAACAAGCAUGAAGGUGUGUUUGCAGCAUGACCUAUCUUGCAGGAGAAAUACAGUCUCUGACACUAAUUACCAGUAAAGUUAACAGUUUAAAAAUAUUUUAAAUUGCUGUAUUUGAAGAAAAUAAACAAUACAAUAGAAAAAUAUUUGUACUUGUACUCUUCAAAGAUUUACAGUGCAGUGUAUGAUUAACUAUACAUUUUGUAGUAAUUUGACAGUUAUGAAAAAUUAAAUGCUUGUAAAAUGCAA